AUGGCGGCAGACUCGCCGCGACCUGUCCCGGGCGACGACAAGAAUCUCGAACGGGACGGCGCAGACACCAGCACUCACUCGACAUCGCUUUCCGAGAAAGAACGAGAACUUGAACGAGAACGCGAACGACACAUCGAUCCCGACAUAGAACACGGCCUCCCCGUGGUUGAUGUGGCUCAAGAUGCAGACGAGAAAACAGCCGGCGAAACAACCAUCACCCAUGACGAAAACAUUGUGGACUGGGACGGACCCGACGACCCCGAGAAAGCGCUGAACUGGACCGAGAGGAAGAAAUGGAGCAACGUCGCGAUCAUCUCCAGUGUGACAUUCUUGACGCCUCUGGCGUCGUCGAUGGUCGCACCCGCCACACCGUUGGUCAUGGAGGAGUUUAACUCCUCGAAUACGACUAUCGCGAGCUUCAUUGUCUCCAUCUACAUCCUUGGCUACGCCCUGGGUCCCCUGUUUCUGGCACCGUGCAGCGAGAUCUGGGGUAGGCUAUACGUGUACCACGUGUGUAACUUCAUGUUCGUCAUCUGGACCAUGGGCUGCGCCUUGGCCCCUGACAUGGCUUCCCUGCUGGUGUUCCGUCUGCUAGCAGGCAUUGCUGGAAGCUGUCCUCUCACCAUCGGCGGCGGCUCCAUAGCAGACCUGAUUGUCCAGGAAAAGCGUGGUGCAGCAAUGGCCAUUUUCGCGCUGGGACCUCUCAUGGGCCCCGUCAUCGGCCCGGUGGCAGGAGGGUACCUGGGCCAAGGUGCAGGUUGGCGCUGGAUCUUCUGGCUCAUCACCAUCGCCGGUGGCAUUGCGUUGACCUUUUCGGUCAUCUUCAUGCGCGAGACUUACGAACCCGUUUUGCUGGAGCGCAAGGCCAAGCGACAGCGGAAACAGACCGGCAACCCGAACCUGCGGUCGAAGCUCGAUCAGCAGAUCCCCAUGCGCGCCUUCUUCACGAGAGCCCUCAUCCGGCCCUCGAAGAUGCUCGUCCUCUCGCCCAUUGUGCUGUCCCUCUCGGUGUACAUGGCCGUCGUGUACGGGUACCUUUACCUGCUCUUCACCACGCUGACCCUGGUCUUCGAAAACAACUACCACUUCAGCCAGGGCGCCGUGGGGUUAAGCUUCCUAGGCAUCGGGAUCGGCUCCUUGUUCGGUCUGGUCAUCUUCGGCGCCCUCUCCGACAAGACGGUGAAGAAAAUGUCUGCCAAGGGAGAAAUGAAGCCAGAGUACCGGCUACCGCCUCUCAUUCCUGGUAGCUUGAUCAUACCCAUCGGUCUGUUUUGGUACGGCUGGUCUGCCGACAAGCAGAUCCAUUGGAUCAUGCCCAUCAUUGGGACUCUCUUUAUCGGCCUGGGCCUUCUAGCGACCUUCAUGCCCAUCCAGACGUAUCUGGUCGACGCCUACCCCAUCCAUGCCGCUUCGGCCAUCGCGGCAAACACGGUUCUCCGGAGCUUGAUGGGUGCUUUCCUCCCAUUGGCAGGACCAGACAUGUACGCGGCUUUAGGUCUGGGAUGGGGCAACUCGUUGCUCGCUUUCAUCGCCCUGGCAAUGUCGCCCCUGUCGUGGAUAUUCUUCAAGUACGGCGAGCAUAUUCGGAACAAGUACCCCGUGAAGUUGUGA